ACAGUAAAUCAGUCAAAAAUUUAAGGUGGUUUUAAAAAGUCACCUUUUUUUGUAAGAUGAGACUUUUUCUGUUUAUUUCUGAUGUGAAAACUCUUUAUAGCAGGUAAGAUUCUAGGUUUUUAGGUGUUCCUUAUGGUUCUUUUUUUUAUGAUUUAUUGCUAUAUCUAUUCUUGAUCUUAUUACGAAAGCCUGCAUUGAAAUGGCAGUGAGGAUUUGCCAAAAAUCCAAUGCAAUAAUUUUUUUUAUGAUGCAUAUAAAAGUCGUGUAUGAGCUCAAACACGAGUGUUUUGUUAAAAUGUAAAAAAUGUUUUAUCAAUAAUCUAUAAUGGAGUGUGUAUCUGGUCGUGUGUGUGUGUGUGUGUGUGUGUGCGUGGGGGGGCUUUAUUGUCUGCUAGGCAGGAGUCAAAAGGCUACAUGACAAAACAUGGCCGGCUUCCGUGAGUGUGUGUGUGUGUGUUAAUGUAUGCUAACGCUCCUCUUUCUGUUGACACUCCCACUUUUUCGGUGCAGAUGCCCCGCAGGGCGCGCGCCGGUCCCGCCAGUGUUUCCCUGUUGGUAGAAGCGCGUUGUUCUCGCCAGGGGAUUGGAGCAGCAGCAUGUCAGUAAAGUCACCUCACACACACACACGCGCGCACACAAACCCGCACGCAGUUGGAAGUGUUUGGAGACGCGCGGCGAGACGCCGAGACGCCGAGACACCGAAACAGAGACGGCGCGAGGCAGCGCGAGAGCGACGCGCUUCAGGUCGGCCAGCGCCGGGACUCGACGUCACCCGCGGCCACACGCGAGCGCGCGCGGCGGGGAUUUUAGGGGACGCGGGGCAUGGAGGAGGAGAUGCUGGCGGCCGAUGACGGUCUCUCGGCGCCCAAAAUGGGCGGGCAGCCGCGCAGCUUCGCGAGCAAGCGCGCCAAGGCGAGGCACGACCGACCCACCAUGGUGGAGAUCCCACAGCUGGGGGACGUCGCGAGCCAGCGGCGCUCUCAGGCCAUCGCGCACGCUCAGGCGUACCCGUAUCAGCAGCGACUGCAGCUCCAUCACACGAGCAUCCAUCCAGCGCAGCACCAGUCUCCAUCGCUGCAUCGCUUCACCGGAGACAUGAGGCCCAGAGUCGCGACCUCCAGCGCAGCAUCAGCAUCAGCAUCGUCAUCGACCUCAGUCUCAUCAGCACUCGGCAGCGCAGCGGCGUUCUUCAGCCACCAGGGGAGAGUCCGAUACCCCGCCGGCCACCAGUCUCCCGACUGCACUUACGAAAUAAGCUCAGAAAACCGCCUGAUUCUUGAUGCAUUUGCACAGCAGUGCAGUCGAGUGCUCAGCCUCCUUAACAGCAAUGGCAGGUUGCUGGGGCCACAGCGAACUUUGAGCCCCCCAUCCUCCUCCAUCAACUCCAUCAUUAAGCAGGAGGCUGGAUGCUCGCCUGAGCCGGCUGUUAAGCCCAGGCCUGAUGAGUCUCGGGCAGGCAGUGUGGAGGACGAGUGUCAACAGAGGCAACAGUGGAACUCGCAGCACACCUCAACUCUCCUGCAGGUCUUCACUGAGUCUCUGCAAAACUACCUGCUGGCUGGAGCUUCAUCCUCAGAGGGUGAGCGCUGCCACCAGCCCGAACCUGGGUCCACAGCACCAGCAUCACCAGCACACAACCUGGGAGGCUGGGCAUCUCCAGCACCCUCCGACUCAUAUGGACAUCCUUCCUCCACUCUGCCUGAGGAAGAGGAGGAGGAGGAGGAAGGUUGCUGCCCACGCUGCAUUGAGUUGGAGCAGGAGGUGCUGAGUCUGCAGCAGGAGAACGAGGAGUUGAGGCAAAAGCUAGAAAGUGCUCCAGUGCCAUGUCAGACAGUGCUAGACUUCUUUAAGUCUGUCCUGGGACACUACAACCAGCUCAUUCCUCCCCAACCACCCGAGGAGCAGCUCACUGAGACUUGUGCAAGGAGUGCAAUGCAGGAGUAUUCAAACCUCUACGAAAUAAACUGUCACCAGAGACCGAAAACAGAAGGAAGUAAGCAGCUGCUGGGGAACUAUCCUCUCUUCAUCACCAACAAACAGUGGGACGAGGCAGUAAACUCAUCGAAAAAGGACGGCCGUCGGUUGCUGCGCUACCUCAUCCGAUUUGUGUUUACUACAGAUGAGUUAAAGUACUCAUGUGGCCUGGGCAAGAGAAAACGCUCAGCCCACAUGAGCGAGACAGGACCUGAAAGACGGCCGCUCAACCCUGUCAAAGUCAGCUGCCUCAGAGAGUUUAUCCGGAUGCACUGUGCGUCAAACCCCGACUGGUGGAUGCCUUCUGAAGAGCAGAUUAAUAAAGUGUUCAGUGACGCAGUGGGUCAUGCACGCCAGGGCCGGGCUGUGGGAACCUUCCUGAACGGUGGUGGAGGCAGCGGUAGCGGGAGCAGCAGUAGCGGAAGCAGCCUUUACCUGGAAGGUUACGAUGGACAGCUGUCUCAAGAUGAGCUCUUUAUGAAGAGCUCACAGAAUGGCAUCGUAGACUAGGUGUUCCUGAGGAUGACUGAAGCCUGUUCUGCACCUUUAAUACAGUAUCCUCUAACGUCAGAUGCAUUUAUUUAUUAUAGACGGUUAACAUUGAGACCAGGAUUUCAUCAUGACUUAAUGAGGAAACAAACAAACAAACAAACCAACAAAAUGAAAAUUUAAAUGCAUUCCAGAGACUCAUAUUUAUGAAGACAUUCUCUACAGCAGUCUUUCUUAAUCAUGGCCUUGGAGUAUCCUUGUGGUGUACAUUCCAGUGUUUUCUUUUGUGCAAAUCAACCAGUUCAGAGUUGUUACAAAUUUCAUGAUGUGCAUUAAGAGCUAGGAGGAGCAGAAUAUGUGCAGGACAGGGGUUACUCCAGGACAAGGAGUGAGAAACACUGCUCUGCAGCAUGCACUGUUACAAGUGAAUUCCUUUUGCUGUAAUAUGGUAGCAUUGUAAAUAGUGUAAUAGCCAAGUGUUUGCUCCUGCAGGUCAUUGUUGAGCACUGUGUUUUUCAGGGCGUGGAGUCACACAUGGCAGGGAGAAGUACACAAAUCGUCAUAUCACAUAAUUUAUGUCUUUUAUUACACCGAUUAAGCAUCAUAUGACAUUCGACAAAAGGUAGAAAAAUUCACAUAAAUGUAUUCAUCGUAAUGAUGUUCACUGUAAAUAAGGAUGUGCUCUUCCUUAAUGUCCGAGUCUGUGUGCACAUGUAACAUGAUUACAAGGUGCUAUUCUAACACUGCAUUCUAUAUAAUGAAGAACAUAUCAGUGAUUUAUUUACUUCAAGGUGAAGUAGUUUAAAGUAUCAUUUUUUUAUUGAUUUUGUGGUCACAUGAUUGUUGUAGUAUAAUCAGUCUCAUGGUAUUUGAUGAUUCUGAGUCGAUUCUGAAAAGUGUCCAUGUUUGUGAAUAUAAAAGUAUACAGAUAUGGCAAUCUCUAAUUUGUUUCUAUUUCAGGGGCCGAACUAAUAUAAAUCGUUUGUUGGAAAAAAUCUAUACACAGGUUUGUUGGCCUGAUUGAAUUGAGCAUUUGCAUGGUCAACUGCAAAGAUGUGUGUAAUCAUAAGGCUGGACUUAUCCAUGGGUCAUGGUGCAAAGCUAAUUCUUUGUUUAUGGACAACUCUGUGAUGCCUUAAACUCAAAACUUGCAUACUGCCAAUUUCUGUCUGCUGGGACUUUUACAUAUGUUGAAAUUUCUGACUGAUCGAGCUCUUUCAACAAAAACGAGCCAAAAUUCAAAACUAAUGUUAUUACCGAGGUCUUAAUUGAGUAAAAGAACAACACUGGAGAUGUGAAUGUGUGCGUGUGUGCGUAUGUGUGUAACGUGCUUUACUGUGGUUGUGUAAACCCAUAGUAGCUCAGAUACUUACCCUAUUAUCCUAUACAUAGGAAUUGUGUGGGCACUGUGAAAUGAACCAUAAACUGUUCUUUGUCCCUGAAUGUAAAUAGAAUAUUGCUAUAACAAG